CACUCGCUGCCUGAUUGCAGUGGCUGGAAGGUGAGGGAGAGGGACAGAGAGCCGGCUCGGAGCGGAGCGGACCGACUGCUGCUCAGAAAACACUGGCCUUUCCGCUCUCUACCCACAGCCGCACGUUGCUCGCCGUGCACCGACACUAAGUGGACAUCGCGCCGCCCGAACCGUCAGCCUGUGCUUGUUCAAGGGGGGAGGAGGAGGAGGAGGAGGGGGUGGGGGAAAAAGAAAGAGACGGUGCGUCGGUUGUUUGACCUUCUCCCGCCGCUGCCAUGUUGACCGCCACGAGACUGGCCCCGGCCGCAGCUGCGGUUCGCUAUAGAUCUGGAGCUCUUUGUAGACCUCUUUCCGCGUCAGUAAUGUUGACACCAGAGGCUCGGUUUGGAAAAGACAACACAACGUUUCUGAGAAGGACCCAGGGCAAAAAUUCAUUUAUUCAAGCUGUGCUGCGAGAGUUCCAGACAAGUGCCACAAGACAGGAUAUUGACACUGCUGCAAAGUUCAUUGGUGCUGGAGCUGCCACUGUUGGAGUGGCUGGUUCUGGUGCUGGAAUUGGAACAGUUUUUGGUAGCCUUAUUAUUGGUUAUGCCAGAAAUCCUUCACUGAAGCAGCAGUUAUUCUCAUAUGCCAUCCUUGGAUUUGCCUUGUCUGAAGCAAUGGGACUCUUCUGUUUAAUGGUUGCUUUCCUCAUUUUGUUUGCUAUGUAAAAUUUGUUGAUUAACAGCCUAAUCACGUACAAAUGUAAUUAAUAUUUCACUGUGGCUCCCACAAGGUGUCAUGGAAAUGUAUAUUUCCUAAGUGAGUUCUCAAACGUUCCAAUAAAUCCUGAUACAAAUAUAA